CGGAUAUUGUUACAGGACCGGAUUGAGGCUGUUCCGUCAGUGUUUUCGGAUGCCCAGCGGUCGCGGCUUCUUGGGCCGAUCUUCAGCUGGCACAAUUACAGGCCGCGCAGCAGCAAAGGAUGAAUGGAGCUCUGGGAAAGGCGCUGUGUCUGAGGAAUGAUACCAUUUUUAAGCAAGCCUUUUCCCUCUUGAGGUUCAGAACAUCAGGAGAGAAUCCUCUCUGUUCUGCAGGUGGCAUUCUGCUGAGCAUCAGUCGGCACUACAGGUCACAGCCCACGCAUGGCAUUGGAAGAUACAAGCACCUAGUUAAAGCACAAGAGCCCAGGAAGAAGAGGGGAAAAGUGGAAGUGAGACCCAUUAAUUUGGGGACAGAUUAUGAAUAUGGGGUUUUAAACAUUCACCUGACUGCAUAUGAUAUGGCCCUGGCAGAGAGUUAUGCCCAAUAUGUUCACAACCUCUGCAACCAUCUCUCCAUUAAAGUCGAGGAAAGUUAUGCGUUGCCCACCAAAACCGUGGAGGUGUUGCAGUUGCAGGACCAAGGCAGCAAAAUGCUCCUGGACUCAGUUCUCACCACCCAUGAGCGAGUGGUUCAGAUCAGCGGUUUGAGUGCUACAUUUGCAGAGAUUUUCUUGGAAAUAAUCCAAAGCAAUCUUCCUGAAGGAGUCAAACUGUCAGUGAGGGAGCACACUGAAGAAGACUUCAAAGGAAGGUUCAAAGCUCGGCCAGAACUGGAAGAACUGCUAGCCAAGUUGAACUAGCUCACUGCAGACCCUUUCAUGCCAGCACUGGUGAUACUGAGUGGCAACAGGAAGAGCUUCCUGGGUGGCCAAAGUUAAGCAGGAGACCCUGACCCUCAAUAUCAUAAGUACCCAUCUCUACAACCAGGAGUGCCUCCUCUCCUCUAUGGAGGAGUGCUUGCCGAUUGUCACCACUUUCCUUUGAGCCAACCCUAGGUAUCUUCCAUCUAAUAAAAAUCUGCUGUUGAUGGAUGUGUGUGUAUGUGAGAAGUCAGUCCAUCCUGUCGAGUAUAUUUAACUAAGGGAUUCAAUUUCUCUUUGCCUGGUGCUUUAGCACAUAAGCAUGUCCCCCUUCAGUAUUUCUCCAAUUAGAGUGAACUCAUCCUUUAAAUCAACCUGGCAUGGAGUCCCUUUAGUGAAGCAGACAAUCAUAAGUAAACUCUCUGUGGAUAGAAGGCAUAGGGAGGGAGAUUUUGUAUAUGAAAAAACCCUCCAGAUAGGAUCAGGGUCUGUCCAUAAGUGAAAAAAAAGUACCUUGUGGGGUAGUGAGUGACCUGUCACAAGUAUGCAGGUAGAUGUUACAUAACUGCAAAUUAGGGUUGCCUGGAAUGAGUUUAAGCAAAGAAUUAAAGGUUGAUCUUGGUCACGUGUCAGAAAACUACUACUUGUGAGCCAAAUCCCAACAACUGCCUAUGUGCUUUUUAAAAAUAACUUAUUGAGGUGAAAUUCACAUGUCACAGAAUGAACCAUUUUAAAGUGAAUAAUUCAGUGGUAUUUAAUGCAUUUGCAGUGUUGUGCAACCUCUAUCCAGCUCCAAAACCCCAUUGCCUGUUUUUGUAAAUAAAGGUUUAUUGGAACAGAGCCCUGCUCAUUCAUUUACA